AGAGAGAGAGAGGGAGGAGAGGAGAGGAGAGAGAGAGACGGCGCGAAGGAAUCCGUGGCUCUAAGCGUCAGUGUCUCAAUGUGAUUUUGAGUGACGGGUUAGAGCAGACUGGAGAAGCACUGAGCGGAAUAACACACAUUUGUCACCGUCUCACCUAAUGUUUUUGGGUCCAUGCCCGUCUGGGUGAACAUCUAUAGUCGCUGAUUUUCUUCAAGAGAAAGACUGCCAGCGGACCGAGCGGUCCUGGCCGGGCGUGGAGGGAGUAGAGAUGAGCGACUUCAUGACGGGAAGCGGGUGUCUCUCUUGGGUCUGGGGUUCUGUUGGGUUCUGAUGGGUCUGUGGGGGUUCGGUGCCGCGUGCCCCCAUUCGUGCUCAUGUAGUGGGACCAGGAUAUCGUGCGUCGGUCAGGACCGUGGCAUCGUGGCUUUUCCCAUGCUGCAGUCGGAUUCUGAGAUGGAAAACAUCACCGACAUAUUCAUCGCCAAUCAGAGUGGCUUCUCAUCCAUCAACGACAAGGAUCUGUAUUUUUACCGGAACCUCAGGAAUCUAACGGUGACUAGCAGCAGUCUGACCUAUGUAUCUAGACUGGCCUUCCAGGACAAUCUCAAGCUACAAUAUCUGAAUCUGAAAGACAAUAACCUGUCAUCGCUGUCGUGGAGGAUUUUCAGGCAUUUAAACAUCUCCUAUCUGAUCCUGUCAGGGAACCCUCUCCGCUGCUCGUGUGACAACAUGUGGAUGAAGCUGUGGCUGGGGGAGGAGGCGGAGCAACAGGAGCUGCAGUGCAUCCAGGAGGGCGGAGGACGCCGUCCUCUGACCAGACUCACCCUGCCUGGCUGUGAGCUCCCCAUGGCGACGCUGACUCCGUCCAGGGCGACGGUGACGGAGGGGUCUGACGUGGUGCUGACCUGCAACACCUCCGGAGCGCCGUCCCCAGAGCUCAUCUGGACCAUGACGCCUGUCAUCUCCAACUACGAGCAGAUUGAGACGUCAGGCCAGGUGUCGGAAAUCCGCCUGUCCAACCUGUCGUCGCUGGACCACGCCAGUAAGAUCACCUGCAGUGCAGCAAACAUCGUAGGGGAGAACGAGGCCUCUCUCUUCCUCGACAUCCUCUUCCCCCCCAACAUCACCAAGCUGAGUGACGCCAUCCCGGACCACCACUGGUGCAUCCCUUUCAGCGUGUCGGGGAACCCCAAGCCCUCCUUCCAGUGGCUCCUGAAUGGCCAGCCGGUGUCCGAGGGCAACUACAUCACCACCAUCAUCCACGAGGUGUCGGAAAGGGAGUUCCACGGCUGCCUACAGCUGGACAACCCCACCCACAUCAACAACGGCUUGUACACCCUGAUCGCCACCAACAAGUACGGACAGGACCGCAAGACCGUGCUCGCCCACUUCAUGCUCGACCCCUUCGAGGCACAAACUAUCACAGAUCCUCUUUACUAUGACCCGACCACAGGUACAGUCUCCGCCCCCUACAAUCCCCUCACAUUAGGUAAACACGUAGGGUGUUUACUGGUUCAAUGUCGGGAUGUGAAUCUCCCGUCUGUGUUUCUGAUUGCAGACGGAACUCCUCCGGAUCCACCUGAGGACAGAGUCGCAGUGUACGUGGUCGUGGGCAUCGCUGCUGUGGCCUUCACUGGUUUCCUGCUCAUGUUGGUCAUCCUCAAGUUCGGAGGGAACUCCAAGUUUGGCAUCAAAGGUCCCUCCUCAGUGAUCAGUAAUGAUGAUGACUCCGCCUCUCCUCUCCACCACGUGUCGAACGGCAGCAACACGCCGUCGUCCUCGGAGAUGGGCCCUGACUCUGUCAUCAUCGGCAUGACCAAGAUCCCCGUCAUCGAGAACCCGCAGUACUUCCGCAGCACAAACAGCCUGCUGAAGAACGACACUUUCGUUCAGCACAUUAAGAGACACAACAUCGUGCUGAAGAGAGAGCUGGGAGAGGGCGCCUUUGGAAAGGUGUUCCUGGCGGAAUGCUACAACCUGUCACCUGACCAAGACAAGAUCCUUGUCGCUGUUAAGACUCUAAAGGAGGCCAGUGAGAACGCCCGUAAGGACUUCCACCGUGAGGCGGAGCUCCUCACCAACCUGCAGCACGAGCACAUCGUCACCUUCUACGGUGUGUGCGUGGACAGCGACCCGCUCAUCAUGGUGUUUGAGUACAUGAAGCACGGAGACCUCAACAAGUUCCUCAGGGCUCACGGCCCGGACGCGGUCCUGAUGGCGGACGGCCAGAACAACCGGCCGGCGGAGCUGACCCAGUCCCAGAUGCUGCACAUCGCGCAGCAGAUCGCGGCCGGCAUGGUGUACCUGGCCUCCCAGCACUUCGUCCACAGAGACCUGGCCACACGCAACUGCCUGGUGGGGGAGAACCUGCUGGUGAAGAUCGGAGACUUCGGCAUGUCCCGGGACGUAUACAGCACGGAUUACUACAGGGUCAGUGUGGGAGGCCAUACUAUGCUGCCCAUCCGCUGGAUGCCCCCUGAAAGCAUCAUGUACAGGAAGUUCACCACAGAGAGCGAUGUGUGGAGCCUGGGGGUGGUCCUGUGGGAGAUCUUCACCUACGGCAAGCAGCCCUGGUACCAGCUCUCCAACAACGAGGUGAUCGAGUGCAUCACGCAGGGGCGGGUCCUGCAGCGCCCACGCACCUGUCCCAAGGACGUGUACGACCUGAUGCUGGGCUGCUGGCAGAGGGAGCCGCACAUGAGGCUGAACAUCAAGGAGAUCCACAACCUGCUGCUCACCCUAGCCAAGGCGUCACCCGUGUACCUGGACAUACUGGGCUAGGAGAGGGGGAGAGGGCGCGUGUGUGUGUGCGUGUGUGUGUUAGCGUGUGUGUGUGUGUGUGUUAGCAUGUUUGUGAGUGUUAGCGUGUGUGUGUGUGAAGCUAAGACAAAACUCUAAAGGCAAUCAGAAGAUUUCCCCUUAUUGUUCCUCCUCCCCACACCCCCAUGACUCUACUCUUUCACGCAUAUCUGUACCUCCCUCCCUCCUUCCUUCCCUCCCUUCCUCCUUUCCUUUCCUCCCUUCCCUCCUUCCUCCUCAGAGAACUGAAAGAGAGGAACCUGACUGUAGGAGGUUUCUCUUCUGCCUUGACAGGCUGUAACCUGGCUGAAUGCACUCUGCUAUACUUGGGGAUUACAAUAGCGUGUCUAGACUUGGGGAGGGG